AUGGCAGAGGUCAACCGAAGCACGUUUGGGUGUCUCUGCUGGGUUCUGAGCGGGAAGCGGGUGCCUGAUCAGGAAGAGGCUCCCCGGGCGCCCGCUCUGCGGGCCACAGGGGUGCCGUUUGUUCCGCGCUCGGUCCGGCCGUUCUGCGUGUACCAGCCCUUCGUAAAGACACCACCGAAAACUGUCACUGAGACAGCAGACUCAAACAAGCAUAAAAUCAACACGGAAAGGACAUUUCCUGUUGGGAAGCUGGAGGGCCGCACGCCCACGGCCCAGAGAGCAUAUGGACUCAAAGAGCCUGGAAGACGGCCUCGAGUAAAGCGGGCCCUGGUGUCGACGCCCCGGGUCCCCCAUGGGGACCAGUCCCGGGUCCAGAAGGCACAGCGCUUGGCUGUGUGCAGAGGGGAGCAGACCACGGGGACUCACCAAUGUGGAAGAGCUGGCGGUUCAACCAGCGCCAUCGCUUUGCUUCUGCUGCAUAGAGAGAAGCGUCCGACAGCCCAGAUCGCCACUGAGCCCCAGACCCGCCCCAGCUGGGUCACACCAGGGCUGACAUUUAGGACCGGGUCCAUCUCUGGGACCCCGACGGCCACGGCCACGGUGGCAGAGGAGCGGCGAGGCGGGACGGAGCGGCAGUCUGCAGUCCAGGCUGGAGGCCUGCGCAGGGAGGCGGCCGGCUGGGUGAGGAAGCCUUCUUUUCUGCGCAGCGUGGUCAGGCUGCUUCAGUUCCUCCCAGCGAGGAAGCCCUGA